GUCAUGGGGAGGUCACAGCGGCGUCAGGAUGAGCCUGCCCCUGACCAUGUGCAGGACACAUUCAGGGACCGCUCCCCUGUGUACCGUUACCUGGUUGUCAGCCAGAAGGUCGACAACAAGGGGGUCAUGAUGCUGCGUUGCACUUUUUGCAACAAAGUAUUUCAGGGGAGCCAAUUCCGGGCGACGAGGCAUUUCACGCAGACGAACUACUGCAAGGACGUCAGCGACGAGGCUUUGUACGAGAUCGCGCGACGGAGUCAACAGAAGUUCGAGAACGAUCAAAUGGAGAGGGUUGCCAGCGGGAUCCCCUUUAAUGCCUUCUGCAACCUGGCUUGGAAGGCAUACCAGCAGGUCCUUCUUGAGCGGCCUGGCAGUUACCCGCGCGCUGUGCUCCCCAGCCACAGCGAGAUUGCGAGUAUGCAGGCGGUGGAGACCCACCGUGAGGAGCUGGCGGAAGAGUUGGAGGAGGUGAGGCAGCUAUUCAGGAUCACUGGUGCCACCCUCCUCUUCGACGGGAGGAAAUCACGAGACGAGAGACCGAUUGUGAAUUUCCUUGCCGCCGGCUCCCGAGGGGUCGUCGUGUACACGGCGAUCAAUCGCGAGGGCGAGCCGGACAAUGCAGUGCACGUCCUUCGGAGAUGGGUGACCAUUUUUCACGAGCUUAGUUUCGGCGGCCCGCAGCGGGUCAAUGCGCUAUGCACAGACUCCGCAUCGGGGGAGACGAUUGAGUGCGCGUCCUGGUGGUCUCAGUACGGGGCUGGCGCGCCUAAGUUGCAGCGCUGCGCUCUUCGUGUGAUGCACAUGUGGUCUUGCGCCUCUCCAGCGGAGAGGAACUGGGCAGUCCACGAGGGCAUUCACACGAAGAAGCACAACCAGUUGGCCUUUGAGAAGGUCGUUCAGCUCGUUGAGAUCACCGCGAAUGUGCUGUUGCCGGAGUAUCGGCGGGCUGGGUGCGGUUUUGUGCUGCCAUGGGAGCGGGACGAGGGCAUGCUAGAAUGCCAAGCCGGACUGGAGUUGGAGCCAAUGCGCACGGGCACACGCAGGGGGAUGACGCCGGAGGAGAUUGCCCGUCAGGUUGCACUUAUCACCCAGGAUCCCAUCGGGGUCUCCGCACCACCCGCCGCUGAGGCCGUAUUCGGAGCGCGGGCGACGAGCCCCGCUCCGACGAGGCGGGAGUCGUCCAUGCCGCCACCUUCUGCUCCGAGUCCUGCACCGCCAUCGCCCGUCACGCCAUAUGAGCCGACCAUAGCAGCAGAGGACACGGAGGAGUUGGCGUCCUCUUUGCCUCAGCGUGGACUACUCCACAGAGGCGGGGCAGUCCGACAGCUGAGGUUACGAUCACCUUCUCCGGGGGUCUUGCAGGAGGAGGGGGGACCGUCGGCAGCAGCAGUGGAGGGGGAGAUGGCAGUGGAGGGGGGAUUGGCGGACACGACGAUUGCAGGUGUGGUGGACCAGAUAGUUGUAGCAGCAGCGGCUUCAUUGCUAGAGGAGAUGGCAGCUUCAGUGUUGGCAGAGGAGGCACCAGCGCCAAGGGGAGCAAAUGCAGUGGAGGGGCAGGCGGGAGCAGUUGGAGGAGCAGCGGGAAGAGCAGCUGGAGGAGCAGCUGGAGGAGCAGCUGCACUGGAUGGGCUUGCGGCUGCAGCAACAGGAGAAGCUGGAGGAGCAGAUGCAGUGGAGGGGGAAAUGCCAGGAGCAGUGGAGGAGGAGAUAGGGGCACAGGCGGAGGUGUCGCGUGGGGGCGGCGACGAGCGCCUCAUGCAGCAGUUCCUCACGGAGCAGUACGAUCCGGUCAUGGCGGGUAUGACCCCAGACAUAGAUUUGGAUUCCACUCGUCGUGUCACGGAGCACACUGCACGUCUACAGCCGGGUUUGGGACCCCGCGGCGGCAGGAUGACCACAGCGAGGGAGGUGGCAGCAUCAGGUUGUGAGCCUCAGCGAGGUCGCGGCAGAGGAGUGUCCGCCGAUAGCUUGGAGUACGCUCUGAUGGCAGCGACGCGUGCCGUACAUGAGCAGACUCCACGCAAGCGCGGAGUGCCUCCUCGUCCACGCCCCGUGCCCGCAGAGGGAGGAGAUGCACUUGGAGAGACUUCGGGGGCAGAGGGGUUGGGGAUGCCUCGUGGAUCGCGCCGUGAGCAGACGGUUACAGAGGCUAGUGCGAGGGUUGUUGUGUUGAGGAAGGCAGGAGCCCCUGUCACCAUCGAGGAGGAUGAUCCUGAGACAGAUGUGGCAGUGCAGGAGGAGGACGAGGAGGAGGGAGAGGAGGAGAGAGAGAGAGGUUCCGAUGCAGUUGUGGGGGUCGUGAGUGACACAGCAUUGUUCAGGAGGACAAACAUAGAUUUGGAUUCCACCCGCCAUGUCACUGAGCACACUGCACGUUUACAGCCGGGUUUGGGACCCCGCGGCGGCAGGAUGACCGCAGCGAGGGAGGUGGCAGCAUCUGGUUGUGAGCCUCAGCGUGGUCGCGGCAGAGGAGUGUCCGCCGAUAGCUUGGAGUACGCUCUGAUGGCAGCGACGUGUGCCGUACAUGAGCAGACUCCACGCAAGCGCGGAGUGCCUCCUCGUCCACGCCCCGUGCCCGUACAGGGAGGAGAUGCACUUGGAGAGACUUCGGGGGCAGAGGGGUUGGGGAUGCCUCGUGGAUCGCGCCGUGAGUAGACGGUUACAGAGGCUAGUGCGAGAGUUGUUGUGUUGAGAAAGGCAGGAGCCCCUGUCACCAUCAA